AAAAGCGGGUCGUGUUGGUGGCUAAUAUUUGAAAACUAGCUAGAAAGGAAGUGGGAAACUCCUUCUCCAUCGUUUUAAAUCUCACACAAUUACACAAUAAAAUGGCAGACAACGCCGAUGUUGGUACUGUCGAAGAACCGCUCGAUUUGGUCAGAUUGUCGCUCGAUGAGAGAAUCUAUGUUAAAUUAAGAGGUGAUCGCGAACUGAGAGGCGUUUUGCACGCUUAUGAUGGCCAUUUGAACAUGGUAUUAGGCGAUGUUGAAGAAACUAUUACUCUUGUCGAUGUCAGCGAGGAAACAAAUCAAGAAAUCAUUCGAACUGUGCAGCGUAAUUUCGAGAUGCUUUUUGUUCGUGGUGACGGUGUCAUUUUGGUUUCCCCACCAUCUAGAACAUAAUGAGGGAAGAUAUACUACAUAUACGAUAUCAAGAAAGAAAAACAAAAUAAGGCGAGAGAAGAAGGAGGAAAGAGAGGAUGUAUGUGUGUGUGUGUGUCUUGUUGUCGU